AUGGCAACAAUGAAUUUAUCUAAUUUUAUUGAGACUGCUUUGACUACAUGCGAUAGUAUUGUGAUCUUCAAACAAUUUCUGUCGAAAGAUCAAGGUUCAUACAAGCAAGAAUUCGACUUGUUAUCACAGAUUCUAGAAGAGAUUGACUAUAUAUUAAGAACAAAUCCUAAUUCUGAUUUUCAAGCCUAUUCAUCAUUUUGGAGCUCAUGGUUUUCUGCAUUACAUCAAACAUUUGAUCAAUUAGCAGAUCUUUUAACUAAAAAAAUCAAGAAGAACAAAAAGUCCCUUGAUAAAAAUAUACAUAGUCAAAUUCAAGAAUAUCAGCAACAAUUCACUGCCCUUAUUGACAAUUACAAGAUCCGUUCACAAACUGAAACUGUUCCAUGGUACAUAUGGGUGUAUACCAGUAAUAUUAAUGAAGCAAGCACAGAUGCUGAAGUAAAUCUUGUUCUUUACGGUCAUAAUGGAAAGUUUGACAAUAUUAAAUUACGAAGUAAAUCUAAUGCAUUUGAAGCUGGUCAAUGUGAUGAAUUUAAAGUCGAUAUAGUUGAUGUUGGUACACCAUUUAAAUUACGUGUCAGUUAUGAUGAUAAGAAAUUUUUUUCACCAUGGCAUCUUGAUCGAAUUGAAAUGGAAGAUCUCAAAACAAAGAAACAAUAUAAAUUUCAUUGCGGAAGAUGGUUAUCAAAAUUACAUGAUGAUAAACAAGUUAUACGAGAAUUACCAGCUGAAGGUCCAGGAAUAUCAAAACUCUUACCUGUUGUUAAAUAUAUGGUUAAUGUAUAUACGGGAAAGAAAACAAAUGCUGGAAUAGAUGCAAAUGUUUUUAUUAAUAUUUUUGGUAAAUAUGGUGAUACAGGAGAACGUCCAUUAGAAUAUUCAUUAAAAGAUGGAAAUAAAUUUGAAAGAAAUAAAAUUGAUAGUUUUAUUAUCGAAGCUGUUUCAUUAAAACAAAUACGAAAAAUUCGAAUUGGUCAUGAUGGAUCUAAUCCAGGUGCUGGAUGGUUCUUAGAUAAAGUUGUUGUUCAUCCUGAAGAUCAACAUUAUGAAUCAGCAACAUUUGGAUGCAAUAGGUAUAUGAACUAA